AUGUCGGACAAGCCGGAGAGCAGCAAGACUCAACUCGAAGAGGAUAUCAUCCAACCAUUGGUCCAAAAGGAUUUUUUGUCACAGUUGCCAGAGGAGGUUGCUUAUUCUAUCAUCGCCUAUUUGACGCCGUGCGAUUUGACGGUUUGUGCUGGCGUUUCGCGGAGGUGGCAGCGAAUUUGUGAAGAUGAUCGGACGUGGCAAAAGAAAUGUUUGGAGAAAGGAUAUGUGAAAUUUGAUGCGCCAAGUUUUCGUUUUCUCGGAGGCUGGGCGACGAAUCGAGCAAAUGAGGAAGCGGGAAUCACAAUCCCCUCACAUAUGGACCUUCAAGAAGCACACCAGAAUCGACGAGAACGCGAGGUCGCAUAUGGACAAUGUUAUGAGCGAUCUUCAUGGAAGUCGUUGUACUUGCGGAAGCAGCGAAUCAUUUCCAAUUGGCGAUCCCGACCGAUUCAAUCAAGCACUGUUCUAAAGGGUCACGAUGAAUAUGCGAUCCGUUUUCCAAAAAUUCACUCAGAUCGUAUCGUUGCGGAUUCAUAUGAUAAUACGUUGCAGGUCUGGAAUGUUGAUGAUGCUCAACCGGCUUUCGCUCUAACUGGCCAUAUGGGUCUUGUUCAUACGUCUCAAGUGAGCGAUGAUGGCAAAUACAUUCUCGGUCACUCUUCUUCUUCGGUGCGCGUUUGGUGUGGUCAAACCGGUGUACAGCGUCAUAUUUUGCGGGGACAUACGGAUUCUGUUCGGUGCAUGCGUCUACAUGGCACAACUCUUGUUUCUGGAUCAGACGAUGGAACACUCCGAGUCUGGGACCUUGUCGACGGGAAAUGCCUUCACAUUUUGGCUGGCCACUUGGGGAUUGUGCGUUGUGUACAAUUUGAUGGAAGACGGGUUGUGUCUGGUGCCAAUGAUUGUACUGUAAAGGUUUGGAAUGUGCAGACGGGGGAGUGUUUGCAGACGCUGACGGGUCACACGAAGUUAGUCUAUGCACUUUUGCCGCAGCGCGAUCUUGUCAUCUCGAAAGGUUGGGAUAGAACGAUGCGCGUCUGGGAUUUGCGAAGAGCAACCUGCAUCGCGAUUCUUGUCACACAUCAAAGUUCGGACUCUGACUUCCAGCUUCGCGGAAAUUUUUUGGUUUCCUUCGAUACCUACUCGGACGUUGGGGUUUGGGACAUUCGUGACGGUGGUUCGUGCAUUCGUCGCCUGCAAGGCGUAAAUGGUCACAUCACUUCAUUGCAAUUGCUCGGCUCGGGACUUUUGGUGACAACUUCGUAUGAUUGCUCGGUCCAGGUUUGGGAUGUGGAUAAAGGUACCUUUGUUCGUGACCUCGUUCGUCUUGAUCGACACAGUUGGAGAUGGCAUUGCCAAGCCACCGAAACAUUGCUCGUCUGUGCAGGUGAAUCAGAAAACAGAGACGGUGGCACAAAGCUCAUCUUGAUCGAUUUUGACACAUCGUAUCCA